GCAACUGCUUACUGUGGUUUAGCAAACAUUCUUAGUAAAGACUUUAAGAUUUAGAAAAAAAUCUGCGGAAAGGAGAAUGCAGAACUAAAGUGGAGUGUGUGGAGGUGGCUGUAUUUGGAUGCAGAACCUAAGAACUUUCCCCAAAGAGUGACCCUCAUCAUCCACACCCGGUGUAGACACUGAAAACCUGAAGAAGGGCUGUGAACAAUAAUUUUGUGAUUUAAAUUUCAGAAAAUUUUCCAUCUUGUGACCUCAUCCUACAUCAUUUUCCAGCAUUUUCUCUGCUGCCAUCGAGACCAUGCAAGGAAUGGAGGAAACCACAGUGAAAGCAGGACCUACUGUAUCGCAACAGGGGAGGCCUGUGGAUCUCUACUCCUAUCAGUGGAAAGGGAUGAAGGAGAAAUUCUUGAAAGGGCAGCCUAAGGUCCUUGGUGCUAUGCAGAUUAUGACUGGCUUGAUGAUCUUCAGCAUAGGAAUAAUAACUCUGUGUGGCACACUGUCCUUUCGUGGACCAAAACCCCUGUCAGUGUACAUAGGGUACUCAUUUUGGGGAUCGGUGAUGUUUAUUGUUUCAGGGUCUUUCUCAAUUGCAACAGCAAGAAGAACUACAAAAAUUUUGAUAAUCACUGUUUAUCAGGUCCAAGCCAGUCUAAGCUUGAACAUCACCAGCUCUGUGCUUGCUGGAGUAGGAAUGAUAACCACUAUGGUCAGCUUCAGGAUAUUUGCACACAUCCCCUUCAUCUGCUAUCAUCAGUCACAUGAAAACUGUCCACUGACAACAACUAUUUUAAUAGCACUAGAGGGCGUGGUGCUCCUGCUAAGUACACUGGAAUUAUGUGUGGCUCUCUCCGUCUCUUCAUUUGGGUGCCAAGCGGUCUGUUGUUAUGUUGGUGGGGUUGUGCUAGUUCUACCAUCAUAUCCUCCCACCACAGAAACAGCAUCCUCAGCAUCACUGGAAAGAGAUUCGAUGCCUCCAAAAUAUCCAGGGUAAAGUGUCCCUGGAAAUGUUCCCUGACUUCAAUGCUAAAACUAUAUGUAGAAAACCACCUGAAUCCAACUGUGGUGUGUGUGUCUGUGUGUAUGUAGGUUCAGAACUAUGUUAUCUUGUCUUCCCAGGAACUUGACAAAUCUUUUUCAAUUGCCUUAAACAGAAUACCAGAUACUGAAUUAAAACUAUGCAUUUAUUUAAUUGGACAACAGCACUUGAAUGACUUUUAUUCAUGUGCUGGACUCAAUGUAAGGGAAUUAGUUUGCAGAACCUUAGGCAACAAAUGGGUGAGAUGUUUCUGAAAUGAGGCCUCCUUGCAAGCUCUAUAUCCGCUUCUCUGUUUAACAGCCCUGCUUGUCUGAUUUCUUUAUUUUUAACCCACAGUUGGAGAAUUUUGCCUUCCAGAAAAUUAAAUAUGUCUCCCUUUAUUUUGCUUCCUUUUUCUCAUACAAAGUAUAUGGAAGAAUGUAGGCAGCCUUUGAAUAUGGAUGAAUUUUUGUAAACUACUUGGCAGGAUUAUAUCUUAAUAAAAUAUACAUCCAGAGCCAAAUAUACAAGA